AUGGGACUCGGAGUUCUGGAGGAUCGGAAGCUUGAGCAGGUCCCAGGCACCUGCAACAUCUAUGAAACAGACGAUGGCAAUCAUCACACGGGUGCGAACCUCAAAUACGAUCGGACUACUGCCGAACCUACGAUCCUCGUGCCCCAGCCAAGUGAUGAUCCUAACGAUCCGUUGAAUUGGCCAUUAUGGAGGCGCGAUCUUAUUCUCGGAAUCAUAUCCUUUGUUACUAUCCUAUGCACCACACUCAGCUCUAUUAUGGCAGCGAAUACUGUUACGAUUGCUGAAUAUGAGAAAAUCACAUUCACCGAAGCGGCGCUUCUCACUGGUUAUCAUCUAUGCGGUGUUGGAGUAGCUGGUCUUUUGAUCGUCCCAAGUGCGCGAGUCUGGGGCAAGCGGCAUUUAUUCAUUAUGGGACACAUUCUCAUGAUUAUCAGUUGCGCCUGGGCGGGAGGAAGUGGGCAUAACCACAAGAGUCUUUUAUGGGCCCGAAUCUUCCAGGGUGUUGCAUUGGCUCCAUUUGAAGCUCUGGUGAAUGCUUGUGUUGGAGAUCUUUACUUUGUCCAUGAACGAGGAAAGCGCAUGGCCGUUUCCAAUGUCUCUCUAUUUGGUGCUGCAUUUCUGACUCCCGUCUUUGUUGGGAAGAUCACCAAGUCCCUGGGUUGGCAGUGGUCUUUCUACUUUGUGGCAAUUUUUCUCGCUGCGGCCCUACCUUUUAUGAUCAUUUUCGUGCCUGAGACUGCUUUCAGACGGCCGGACUACCUGAACACCGACUUCAAGCAUAAGAAUGCCCAGGUCUCGUCCGAUGAAUCAACAUUUCCCCUCGAUUCUACUUCCAACCAAGGCUCCAAGGAGUUUGUCCCAGGGCACUUGGCCACCAGAAGCACAUUGACAACGGAAAUAUCUGCCGCCGUGACGCCGCAAAAGAACUCACUAUGGAAGUCGAUGAGACUUUUUAACGGCCGGAAGACGGAUGAGAACUUUUUCAAACUAUUUCUUCGUCCAUUCCCGUUAUUCUUCCACCCUGGGAUCCUCUGGGCCUGUCUCAUACAAGGCGUCAUAAUCGGCUGGACUGUCUUUAUCGGUGUCAUCCUAGCUCUUGUUUUUCUGGGGCCGCCACUAUGGUAUGAGGAAGACAAAACCGGAUAUCUGUACACCGGGGCUUUUAUUGGAGCCAUCUUAGGCUUGUUCAUCUCGGGUUUCCUCACGGACUUCAUGAAUAAGAUCAUGAUCAGGCUCAACAAGGGCAAAUAUGAGCCCGAGUUCCGCAUUCUUCUGGUGAUCUUCCAGCUUAUUUUCAGUGGCAUGGGGCUCUAUGGGUAUGGAUGGACUGCCUCGGACGUGGAAAAAUACCGGUGGCUUUUGCCCGUCGUGUUCUUUGCGUUCGUGGUUAUUGGUAUGGUGAUGGGUGCAGUGGCCUCUGCACUUUACAUUAUCGAUGCCCACCGGGAAAUCUCCGUUGAGGCUUUCACUUGCCUCCUGGUCUUCAAGAACAUGUUCAGCUUUGUGCUGACUUUCUAUGCCUAUGACUGGUUUGCAUAUGGUGGUAUCAAGCAUACUAUGACCAUCGUCGGCAGCAUUCAAGUGGGCAUUUGUCUCCUGAGUAUCCCUAUGUACGUUUUUGGCAAGCGGAACCGCUCGUUCUUUGCCCGUCAUGACAUCCUCGAGAUGUUGCAUCUU